CCGCCGUUUCCGUCCUUUCGCUUUGAAGCGUUCUAUCAACAAGAUCGUUGAUCACAGUGUGCUUGUUCUUUUUCCUUUGAGAAAAGCUAAGGCCUAAUCGGCGACUUGCAUACUUAUUUAAAUACAUCGAUUUUUAUUUUAAAUAAAUAUCAAUUAAUAAAAUGACUACCACCGCUGAACUUGCUUGCGUUUACUCCGCACUCAUCCUUGCUGAUGACGAUGUUGCUGUUACCGGAGAGAAAAUUCAAACAAUCUUGAAGGCUGCCAAUGUUGAUGUUGAGCCAUACUGGCCAGGUCUUUUUGCCAAGGCCCUUGAAGGUAUCAACAUCAAAGAUUUGAUCAGCAACAUUGGUUCAGGAGCUGGUGCUGCUCCAGCAAGUGGUGCUCCAGUUGCUGCUGCUGCUGCUGCCUCAGCAGGUGAAGCUGCCCCAGCUAAAGCAGCUGAAAAGAAAGACGAACCAGAAGAAGAAUCUGACGAUGAUAUGGGAUUCGGUCUCUUUGACUAGAUUUACAAAUGAUUGAGGGUCCAAUUCUGUCUAUUGUACUUUGCGCAAGUAAAAAAUAAAAAAAAAUACAAAAAAAAAAACGUAAAAACAAUGUCUAAUGUAUUUUAUUUAAUACCACAAUUCAUUUAUUAAUUUUAAGACUUUAUUCGUCCUUGUAAAAUUUCUAGUCUUGCCUCGAAUAAUUAUUUAUUUAUUUUCACAAAUUUAAUGUGCGUAUUAAAAAAUAAAUUUGUCAGUUAUAUUAUAUUAUUUCUCAAGGUUUUUUUUUCUGACAGCUCAAUGUUAUGUGUCCCGGGAUAGUAUGAAAAAUCGAUUAACUCAAAAAUAAACAAAUCCUUUAUUUUUUUUUAAAUUCAAUUAUCUUAAAAUUCAGUUAAGUUUAAAAAAAAACAAAGUAGUUUAUAAACUUGUU